AUGAAUUACAACAUUCCACCACCUGGGAGACUUCGUCUUUCUUCACGAUAUCGAUGGGUCGCUGGUCAAUCUACUCUCUUCCCUCUUCAUAUCGCGAGCAUAAUAAAUCAUGUGUCAAAUUCGACAGGAAUUUCCAGUGAUAUCAAUCCAGAAAAUCUGUACAGUGAUGAAUCUGUAAAACGCCAAAAUAAGUUCAAUGUAAAGAUGAAAAACGAAAGAAUUCCAAAUUUAUCGUUAGCAAAUAAUCCCACGAACACCUCAUUAUUGUCCGAUGUGCCAUCCAAUCUGUUACCUACAACUUCAUCGCUUACAGGAACGAAUAGUUCCGAAUGCUCAUCCCCAGUAGGAAGCAGUAGCAGUUGUAUAUCAUUACAAAUGCCUCAAGAAGUGCAGCAGAUUACUACAACAGGCAGGGGCAACAGUAAUGGUAAGGACAAUAAACUUACGACAACUUAUCUUGGCGUCUCACAACCUAUCUCGAUUUCGGGACCGGAUGAAUUUGAUAUUGUCAUGUCAGCAAAACUGGAUGAAUAUUUACAAGCAAAUGGUUAUUUCGAAACAGAAGAGGAAAUGAAUUUACGCCUUAAAGUGCUUAGUAAAAUCAAUGCAUAUGUAAAAAAAUGGGUUCGAGUUGUAUCCAAAAGAAGGCAAAUGCCGGAUUCUGAAGUUCAAAGCGUUGGUGGGAAAUUAUUUACUUUUGGAUCAUAUCGACUUAAUGUGCACACCAGAGGUGCUGAUAUUGAUUCACUUUGUGUAGCACCGAGACAUGUGGAUCGUAACGAUUUCUUCACAAGUUUUUAUGAAAUGCUUGCUGAGGAUCCAAAUACGACAGAAUUACGCCAAGUGCAGGAAGCUUUCGUGCCUGUAAUCAAAUUAAAAUAUUAUGGUAUUGAAAUGGAUAUAUUGUUUGCUCGCCUUGCUCUGCCGAGAGUUCCAGAAGAUCAGCAGUUGAACGAUGACUCGAUAUUGAGGAAUUUGGAUGAGAAAAGUGUUCGUUCGUUAAAUGGCUGUCGCGUUGCUGAUGAAAUAUUACGCCUAGUGCCCAAUGUAUCAAAUUUUACAUAUGCACUACGAGCUAUUAAACUUUGGGCGAAAAAUCAUGGCAUAUAUUCUAAUGUGCUUGGCUAUCUUGGUGGUGUGUCAUGGGCGAUACUUGUUGCUCGGACAUGCCAGUUAUAUCCAAACACCGGACCAGCAAGACUUGUACAGAAAUUUUUUUUGUUGUAUACAAAAUGGGAAUGGCCACAUCCAGUAGUCCUUAAAGAAACAGAAGUUUCACACGCACGUGAUAUGCCAGCAUUACAAGAACUUGUUUGGGAUCCGCGAUCAAGAAGUGGUGAUCGGUUUCACCUGAUGCCAAUCGUGACACCAGCUUUCCCGCAGCAAAAUUCAACAUUCAAUGUCACGAAAUCGUCGCUAAAAAUCAUCAUGAAUGAGAUCGAGGAAGGUCUUGUUACUAUUAACGACAUAAUGAAAGGAAAAGCUGAAUGGUCAGCACUGUUUGAAGAAGUUAAUUUCUUCAGUCGUUACAAACAUUUCCUAGCACUUCUUUGUUUGUCGGCUACAGAGCAAGAUGAAUUAGUGUGGUGUGGACUAGUUGAAUCUAAAAUCCGAUUUUUGAUUGCAAGUUUGGAGCGUCGUGAAAGUAUCAGGGUGUGUCAUGUACAUACGAAAUAUUAUCAGCCACGAAAUGAUCCUCUUCCAGUUCAAGUUUCUCUUCAGAAUCCCCGAUGUCGACUGUGGUUUAUUGGAUUAGAUUUAAAUAAAACUGUGAGUAGGAAAAUCGACAUUCAACACGAAGUUCAAAGUUUCAUGGAUCUUUUGAACAGCAUGGCUACUACUCAAAAUAUAUAUGUGGAAGGAAUGAGUGUAAUACCACAUUAUCUUCGUAAAGCAGAACUUGUAAAAUGGUUGAAAAUGGAAGAUCUAACUAAAGGAAGGAAGGCACCAAAGAGGAGACGCAUUGCAGCUUCUCAAAACCAGCAGCCUAUAGGUCCAUCACAAAGUAAGGCAAGAAGUGAAACAUCAAGCAUCACUUCAUGUAACUCGUCGGGGGCUGCAUCACCUUGUACAUCGCUAUCUGGAACAGAAAUCAGUAAAAAUGUCCAGAAUGAUUUAGCAAUGUCAUUAACAGUUUCAGUGCCAGCCGACUCAGGUUGUACAGAGACAGUUCCUAAAGCAGAGGCGAGCAUUUCGGGUUGCAGUGACAGUUCUGUUGGCUUAUGUAGUCCGGUGGAAAGGAAGCCAUCGAGUGGUGCCAAUAGAUUGAUCCUUCACAGCCAUUCAGCUAUGGAAGGUUCAGCAACUGAGGAGAACCAAAUUCCUAUUGCGCAACUUCUCAUGGGUGAUAACCGAGAUAAUGAACUGCAACUUCCGACAAAUACUGAUGAAACGAACCGGCGAAAGAAUAACGGAAGAAAAAGAUCAGCGGAGAGGAGUGUAGACGAUGGAGAGACAGUAUUAACUCAACCUAAAAGGUGUUCACUCGCUGAAGCAAACCCUGUUGCUCCCGUGAGCGUGGAAACGGAGCAAGAUAGUCGAAGUUUACUUGAUUCGGGUUUUAAUGGUGCUACUGUUUGAGUGAUAUAAAUCUCUAAGACCUGUGGCGAAGUUUGUCCUUACAUGUUCAGGAGAAAAGAUUGCUGGCUGCUAUGGAAUGUGCUUUGUGUUUUUUGUUUCUCUCAUUAUCAAGUUUGGAUGUCGAAAUUCAUGUUGUAUUGUUCGCAAAUAAGCUUCUAUAUCAUCAUUCAUGACACACGACUAAUCAAAAAUGUUUAGUUCAUGUGUGUAUAUGUGUGUAUGUAACAGUUUCCAAUUUGAUUUAGUUUUUGAAAAUCUGAAAAAAUUUCGGGAAAAAUAGC